AUGACUGCCGAGAAACGACCCAACUUCCUCAUCAUCCUCGCCGACGACCUGGGUUUCUCCGACGUCGGCUGCUUUGGCAGUGAGGUUGCGACACCCAAUCUUGACAAGCUCGCCAGUGAGGGUGUUCGUUUCAGUGACUACCAUACGGCUUCGCUUUGCUCGCCCACGAGAUCUAUGAUCAUGUCUGGGACAGACUGCCAUCUCGCCGGAGUCGGCGUCAUGUCAGAAUUCAUCGGGUUCAAUCCUGACCGCUGGAACAAACCCGGUCAUGAAGGCUACCUCAACCACGACGUCGCUGCCCUCCCCGAAGUCCUCCAAGAUGCCGGCUAUCACACCCUCCUCUCUGGUAAAUGGCACCUCGGCUUCAAGGACGGUCAUCUUCCUGCGCAUAGGGGCUUUGAUAAGAGUUGGGCGUUGUUACCGGGGUGUAGUAACCAUUUCGGGUGGGAGCCGGUUUAUGAAGAUUUGGAGGAGAAUAAACCUUGGCCAAAUGUCUUUGCCCAUCAUCCUCGUUUGUAUGCGGAGGGUGACAGACGAUACAUUGUUGAACCAAACACCAACAACUCCAAAGACGGAUUCUACUCGUCCCAAUUCUACGUCGACAACCUCCUCAAAUACUUCAACGAGCGCACCCCCGCCGAAGCAGAGAAACCAUUCUUCGCCUACCUCCCUUUCUCUGCGCCGCACUGGCCUCUCCAAGCUUUGCCGGAGGAUCGAGACAAGCACAAGGGUCUGUACGACGAUGGACCCGAUGCGCUUCGUCUGAGGCGGCUCGAGAAUCUCAAAAAGCUUGGACUUAUCCCGGAAAAUGUCGACCCCGCCGAGAUGGUUGCUGGAGGGUCCAAAGACUGGGAAGAGCUGUCUCCAGAAGAGAAGAGGAUGAGCAGCAGGGCAAUGGAAGUUUAUGCUGGGAUGGUGCACAGUAUGGAUCGAGAGAUUGGCAAGGUCGUCGAUUAUCUGGAAGAAAGUGGGGAUCUUGAUAAUACUGUGGUGAUCUUCAUGUCGGACAAUGGGGCUGAAGGAGCCGCUUUGGAAGCGAUCCCAGUGAUGGGCACCAAGCUGCUCGAGUCUAUCGACAAGUGGUACGACAACAGCUACGAAAACCUUGGAAACCACAACUCCUUCAUCUGGUACGGACCUCGUUGGGCUCAAGCUAGUACAGCACCCAAUCGUCUUUGGAAGAGUUUCGCUACUGAAGGAGGUAUAAGGGUGCCGAUGUUCAUCCGAUAUCCUGGGUUCAGACAGUACCCUGCCGGAUCCAUCUGCCAUUCAUUCGCGACUUGCAUGGACAUCAUGCCCACCUUCCUCGACCUCGCUUCUGCCCCCCACCCGAACCCGAACCCGUCCACUCCUGCAGAGAAGGCACCUUAUAGAGGACAUCAGGUUUAUGGCAUGCGCGGGAAAUCCUGGGUACCGUACCUCCGGGAUGGCAUCAAGUCUCAAGGCACUGAUGGGAAGGGACAAGGGGAGGAAGAGAGCGAAGCUAUCCAUUCCGAAGGCGACUUGCCCGUGGGCUGGGAGAUGCACGGCCGCGCCUCUCUCCGCCGCGGCAAAUGGAAAAUUGUCAACAUGCCCGUGAGCAGCUACGGCACCGGCGGCUGGCAGCUCUACGAUCUCUCCAAAGACCGCGGAGAGCUGCACGACCUUGCCACAGCCCUCCCGGAAAAGUUGGAGGAAUUGAAGAGGGAUUGGGCGAGGUAUCAGGAAGAGACGGGGACGGUGUUUGGGCCGCCGUUGGAGUUCAAGGUGGAGAAGAGGGGGGAGGUGCCGGCAGAUUAUAUUGGGGGGGAUCCGGUGGAGGAUCAGGUGGCUUGGAUGAAGGUUGGGCAUGGAGCGAGGCUGGGUGAGACUAGUCUGAAAGCGUAG